GCUCGGAUUGUGCCUGCUUGGUCUCUCGUCUCCCUCUUGAAGCGCCGGCGAAACACGACCGCCGCCGGGCCAGGGGAAAUCAAGCGAGCGGCGCAGCGUCCGUCGUUAGGUAGUCCUGGGAGCACGCAGACGGCGAAAGACGCGCACCUCCCCGACGCCUCCACUUCCCUGGCCCCGUCGUCCUGUCUAAGUCGCCGGCGGCGUGGACGCAGCGAUGCUGCGGACGGUUCUGCGCCGGGGAGGGGCGGCCAUGAGGCAGGCCGCGCUGGCCGAGGGAUCUACGGGGAACCUUCUACGGCUGAGCGUGGCGGAGCGGGAGCGCUCUCGGCGGCGUCGGCGCGACCCGGGACGCGACGAGUUCUUCGUGCCAACGCCGGAGUCGCUUAAAUGGCUCGACUCCGUCACCCUGCCCAUGAUCCUCACCGCCGCCGCCGUCGCCCUCUUCACCAAGCUCCUCAUGAUGGAACAUGAAGCUACAGACCAAGAAAGGAGGGAACGCAAGAUAAAGAAUAGUCACCCUGAGCAAGGAACAGUAAGGAUGCUUUCGCGUGAAGAGUGGGAUGAAAUACAAGAAGUCAGGCCAAGGACCCCUUUUGAAUCAAAGUUGGCUCGUCCACAUGCCCGCCUAAGAACUGGGGAAAAAAUGCGGCUGGAGGAUGCCAAGGAUUGGGCUGUUGAUGUGCUGACUGAUGCUUUCACUAGAGCGGAAGAGAGUGCUAAGCGGAAGUGAUCAAGAAGAAAUGCACACCAGCAAACGCAUCCACUUCCAAGUUUUGUCUAGAGGAAACACAUUUGGGUUCUCCUGAAUGCACGUUUCAUGGUUUCUUUUGAAGUUCCUGACUCCUCGUACGCGAUGAACUAGGGUAGCCGUGUAGAAUAAAGUCUCCUUGCUACAACAAAUACUAGAGUUCUUGUGGGUCUGUACAGAAGCUUCUCCCCGCCGAUUCGAUGACCUGAAGUUGAUGCCGUUUGUCCGAAUGCAAACUGGCGAAUUCUUGUGCCUUUUCUUAAACUUUGCAGACUAGUGAAUUCUAACCGAGAGGGGCUGGCUCUGUAGUUUCAA